UCAGCCCGCAAUCAGCUUGGAUCUUUUGAUCGCAGUAAGAUGUAAAACCCUUGAGCGUGCAUUAACUUCUCCCAUUUUCCUUGGCUCCUAAAAAAAUAGCAUCAACUGCAAGACAAUAUUAAAAUUUAUGGAGCCAUUUCCUGGGCCUGCAUGCAAGAGCAGCCCUGAGAAGAGCUGAGAACAAGGGAGGGCCCUGAGCCAGCAUCACCCAGCCGGGGGCAUGACAUCACAGGAGGACCCUUUGUGACACAGGCCAGUGUCAUCUGGCAAUAGCCGGUGCUGGCACAACGGCCCCUCCAGUGUCCGUCAGGACAGAGAGGGGAUAGGACAGGAGCGAGUGGGACUGGCGAGGAGCCCCCAAGUGCAGCCCACGUCUUUCCGCACUGCCUGUGGCUGUCCCGAGCCUGCGCCCUCCUGACUCUCUCAUCACUCGCAAUGGAGGAGAGACCCCCCAGCCGCCCCAGGGUGGCCUGGGAAGCGAGUGAGAGCUCCCAGGAGAGCAGCUCUGUAUUGGAGCCCUUUGAGGUGUGCGAGGUGGAGCCGCUGCAGUCUGAUGCUAGCUGGCUACCUGUGUACGAAGAGGAAGAGGAAGCUGUGGACUUCAUCAAGGACUACAUCAAAAACAAAGAAAGAGAUGACGUGCAGAAAAUGAAGCUCCUGAGGAACAUCGUCACUGUGUUCACAACCGCACAAGAGAAGGGCUUAUUAGAGGGCCUGGACACCUUCUGCCGUGAAAAUAAGCUGACAGCGAACAUCCAGGUGCUGUUGGAAGAGAAGCCUAUUGAUUACCCGUGCACAGACUUGUGGGAGGAAGCCUUACUUGCUACUUCUGCCUUGAGCACAGUGGAGACUGUACUGGAGGGUGAAAUGUUGUCUCUCGUAGCUGCAUGCGUUAGCAGCGUCUUCUUUCUUCUGAGAACUGAGGAUCUGGACGCUUGGUUCACCAUGACGAUCCUGCAAAAGAUGGAUGUCAUGCUGAGAACAUUGCUGAUCAGACCUCCAGCCUCCAGCCUCGGUGAUAAGUUGCAGAGCAUCUUGAAGCUGCUACUGGAAUUUACCACUUCUUCAAGCAGAGCUGUGCAGGUAAACGCCGCGGAGAGGAUCUGGAAUCUGUUUGCUUUCCUGUACAACUGUUGCAGUAAAGAGCCAUUUGGAAAAUACCUCCAGCCUUCUCAGAGGACAGCCAUCAUCCUCAAGACUCUUGACAUAAUGAGUAGCUACAGCACCGAAGAUGAUGAGCAUUUUGGGGCCGAAUUCAUGGUGGACAUAGCAGUUGAAGACCCUGCCACCUGGCUGAUGGAUGUGCCAAAGAUUCUGAGGUUCAUCCAUGAAAGCCUGAGUAACUGCAGAGAUUCAGACCACCAGAAACUCUUCUCAGUACUUUCCACAAUGGCCAACCAGUUUCCUAGGGAAGUGCUCCUAAGCAUCUUGACAGACCUCCCGACACUUGACAGCACUACGCUGGACAUCUGGAAGGCGAUGCUUUCCCUUCCAGUGACUUCAGAGAAGAUCUUGCAGGAGCUACGGAAUGUUCUCCAGGACAACGAAGUGUGCAGCUUCUUUGCAGUCAGCGCCGCGGACUUAAGCAUCUUUCACUUUGCUAUGAUGUACCCCACGCAUCAGCUUAUAUUGGAUUUAUGUGCCCCUGAGACGCUUUGCAUGUGUCUGAGGCUUCAAAGCCUGCCAAUGCUCUGGAUGAUGCUCAGAGCCCUCGACAUGUUGUCAGAGACACCUGAGAUGGGUGGAAAAUUUUUGGUCCUGCUGCCGGACGUGAUGAAUACACUGCAGUAUGACAACACGCACAUCACCAUGAAGGCCCUGACUAUCUUCAAAAAUGUGAUUCGUGAUCUGGAGAAGAAGGAGGCCAGCCCCAUCGCUCUGGCACUGGCUGGGAGACUCCUGCCUCUCUUUAACGAUGUGUCCAGUGAGGUGCGAGAAUGCUCCGUGCUCCUCUUCAAAGACUUGAUGGAGUCUGUGCUGUGGUGGAAAAAAGGAGAAAUGAAGAAGACCGUGCACAGGGCCAUUAUUCCACUGCUUUUCCGGAUGCGUGACAACACUGAGAGUGUGGCCAAGGCCUCUGCAGAAGUCCUACUUGCUUGUGCAAAGUUCCUGAAGUGGAAACAGCUUGAGCAGCUGGCUCAGACUGAGGACAUCUCUAAGAUUGGGGGGUACUUGCUCAAGCAGAAGAGGAGCAGGGUGGAAGGAUACCUGCAGCAGAGCCUGACAUACCUGGAGGAUGAUCAGACCAGCUUGCGAAAGAUGGCUGUCAAAUUCGUCGGGUUUGCUGUCGGCUCUGCUGGCAUUCGGAGUGAGGAGAAGCUGAAUGAGCUCAUCCAAGCCCUCCAACUUGUCGUGAAGGAUGUCGAUUCAUCAGUGUGCAUUACAGCAGCUCACACCAUCCUAAAACUGAGAAGUCGAAUUAAGACACCAAUACCUCUAUGGGAUCGACUUGCAGAAUGUUGCUGCUGGCCCUGCAUAGCCAGGGCAAAUGACUCUGUUUAAUUAAAGCUGGAAGAGUAAAUCAGUCUGAUUGUGUCCUUCACAUGGGCAGCAGCCUGGGUGCCGUUCCUGGCCUCUGCCCCCGUGGGCUUUCCAUCAGCAGAGCCUGGCUGCAGGAUUGUUUGAGAAGUUCAGCCCUUCAUUACGCUUUGCCCUCCAAGCGGCUGAGUUUCUUCACCCCUGUGGAAGUCUUAUUUCAGGAAACAGAGGGUAAAAGCAGCCCCUGGAGGAAUGAGGAUUGCUCCAAGAGCUGCCUGAUGCCCACGCUUCCCAGCAGCCCAUGGCAGUGCAGCAUGUACUGGGUGCAGCUUGCUCCAAAAAGGCUGUGGUGCCCCAAAGGCCUGUCCAGAACCGUGGCCGUACAGGUCUCUGGCUGCAGGGAGUGCCAGAGCCUGUGGCUGCCAGGGGAGGGAGGCAGGUAUUGCACCUGCGUGAGGUGCAAGCAGGUGGGAGAUGUGGUCAGCGUGGUGGCAGAGCUGAACAAGGAGGUUGAGAGACUGAGGGCCACCAGGGGCAGUGAGCAGAAGUGUUCCUUUUUUGUGCUACUACGCUGCCUUUGUAUCAAACUUUGGUGGUUUUACUCAGGUGGGCAGCCGAGCUCCACCACAGCCGCUCUCUCACUCCCCCUCCUCAAAGGGAAAGGGAGAGCAAAUAGGACGUAAAGGGCACAAGGGUUGAAAUAAGGACAGGGAGAUUGCUCAACAAUUAUCAUGACAGACUCAGAGUAGGGAGAUAUGGGGUUCCACGUGCAUCUGGAGAACACUGGUGUGCGACUUGGAGUUCAGGGACAGAGCUGAGUAGUUCCCGAAUUACCCACGUGGUGCCAGAAUUACCCAAAUGGCUUGGUGGGGGAGAGCUGACCACUGCUUGGGGGUGGGAUGGGCAUCAGUCAGUGUGUGUGUAGCAACAAUUACCUUGUUCAUCACUUGCUUUGCACAUUCUAUUAUUCUUAUCAUCAUCAUCAUCAUCAUUCCCCCUUCAUUUUUUGUCCUACUAAACUGUCUUUGU